UGCACAAGAAACAAAAAUCAAACUGUACAAAAGUUGAAUGUGCUCAGACAUGCAGGAUCAUGAUGAUCAGUCUGUUUUGAACAGUUUCAACAGAAAAAUGGCUGUGCAUUUAUUAAGUUUUAUACUAACAGUAGAAAGAAUACAAGGAAUAAAAGAAGAUUGUGGAAAAUGGAAAAGGGGUGUGACAAAUGACUGGAAAGAAGAGUGAUAAGAGAUAUGAGAGAUAUGAGACAUUAUAAAAGGUAUUGUGAGGCACAGAGGAGCAAACUACCAAAGACAUCCGUCCUGCCAGUAAAGAGAGAGUCUGCGUGAAGAUGUGGAGGACUUGUGUGACUUUGGCACUGCUCAUAUGUGUCCAAGUUUGUGCACAUGUCCCGUUGUACCCGCGCAUCAUGGGUGGUGCUGAUGCCCAGAAGAAGGCGUGGCCGUGGAUAGUUAGUUUGCACGAUCCCACCUGCCAUUUUUGUGGAGGUUCCCUCAUCAACAGUCAGUGGGUGCUGUCGGCAGCUCACUGUUUCAUUGGGGAUGAUUACAAUGUUACUGAGGACCGCAUACUUGUGUAUUUGGGAAAGCUGACACAGCGUGAAAAAAAUAAGAAGGAAAAGAUGAUAAAAGUACAAAAAAUCUACACUCACAACAUGUACAAUGCAACGACUAACAACAACGACAUCGCUCUGCUGCACUUGUCUGAUAAAGUCAAGUUUAAUGAUCAUAUUAGUCCAGUGUGUCUGAUAGCUCACGGCAGUGAUUUCCCUACUGGCACCAGGAGUCGGAUCAUAGGCUGGGGACUAAUUGAGGAUGGAAUGAAUGUACCUUAUCCUGGGAUUCUGCAGGAGGCUGAAGUUUUUGUGGUGGAUCAUAAUCACAAAACUGAAAACACAAUCUCUUCCUGUCUGCAGGGGGACUCUGGGGGUCCAAUGAUGAGUCAGCACUGUUCAAAAUGGGUUCAGUUUGGCAUCACCAGCUGGGGAAUUGGCUGUGGUUUACAACACAUACCAGGUGUGUACACCCGCGUCUCACAGUAUCAGCAAUGGAUUACAGACAAAAUCCGGGGCCAUCAAAGCGAUGACCUCCCACAAUUCGUCAACAUAAGCCAUCCAUGCCCCAGCUCAACAGCAAGGAGCAGUACAUCGAAAUGGUGCUGCUGUUUUUAAGGUGUGUGGCAGCUCUGAAGACUCUUCUAGGAUUACCUUACUUGGACACACGCCAGUCACAUGAUAAAGUCUCUUCAUCUUUCAUUUAAGAUUGAUUUUAAAGCUCUGCAAUGUCAUUAACCAGUUCCACUGCAAACG